CCACCCGCCCGAGUGGAAGAUGGCGGCGGAGCGCAGCGGCAGCCGCGGUCUCGGCGCGCGGCCUGAGGGACCCGAGCAGCGGCCCGAAGCGGCCCGGCCCGUGGGCCGAACCUAGCGAGGCCGGCGAGCGGGCAGUUCCGGCGGCUCCAGCUGCUGCUGCCCGGUGUCGUCGUCUUCUCCGCCGCAGCUGAAAGGAGUGACUUUGUUCUUCUUACAAAUCGGCUUACAAGUUUUGUUCUGGCUGCUAACCAAAGGGGUUGUUGGAAGGUAUACCCCCAAGAGAGUGAACUGUGACAAACAUGUAUCAUACAGGUUUCCCAAUACUAACGGAUUAGAAGAAGGCAUUCUUAAGACCUCCAGUCUGGUACCUUUGUAGUGGCUGCACUGGCCUGCAUGUCUUUCCUAUGCAAGAUCUCCAUCAGACAAUACCAACAAGCACCACCAACUUGUUUCUUACAUCCAAAGCUACUGUGUGCGAGAUGUGCUAUUGAACAGCAUUUGCAGGUUGCCAGUCGACGGUGACUAUCAUGUGACGGGCAAGUCAGCCAGCUGAGGCAACUCUUCAGUUUGUGGAAUGCUUUCCCCACCCCUGAUGCCUGACAUUUGCAUCUGAAGCCAAGGAAUUCAGAACUGCACAUGACCCACCUCCUUCCCGGGACUCUUCUGAGCAAGUGGAGAAGUGAAGGAGGAGGGCAGCAGCAGCACUCAGAGGAGCAAUGGGACUUGAAGGCCAUGGUCACUUGAGAUAAAUGGCAGAUCACUGGGCAUCUAGUCUUGUAGCUGCUUGCUUAAGCUUUAUCCCUCUCUGCAGCCCACAUUUCUUCUCCGUGAGCUGCCACUGGCUUUUCCGGUGGUGGCGUUGGAGACACCGAAGGCAGCUUGGUUGGUGCCAAGCUUGAGGAAAGGAUAAGCCACGCAUCUCACCAUGAUUCAUCUGUGGAAAGUAGUGAGGCAUGUGCGACAGCUGGAGCUCCACAGAUUGAUCCUGCUGCUCAUUGCUUUCAGCCUGGUUUCCAUGUGCUUCCUGGCUUACUACGUCACCAACAGCCCCAAAAUAAAGGAACCGCCUCCGUUGCCCUUCAGCGAUUGUAGCAACCAGCACAGGGUUCUUAUUCAACCCCAGGCAAGCUGGAGGCUUAUGAAAUCAGUGGACAACUCACGCACAGACCCUGUGGUGCUCGUCUUUGUGGAAAGCAUCUAUUCCCAACUGGGUCAGGAGAUUGUGGCUAUCUUGGAAUCUAGCCGGUUUAAAUACAGGACAGAGAUUGCCCCUGGAAAGGGAGACAUGCCCACUCUGACAGACAAAGACCAUGGCCGCUAUGCUCUUAUUAUCUAUGAGAAUAUCCUUAAAUAUGUGAACCUGGAUACCUGGAACAGGGACCUCUUGGACAAAUACUGUGUGGAAUAUGGAGUGGGGAUCAUUGGCUUCUUCAAAGCAAAUGAGAACAGCUUGCUCAGUGCUCAACUCAAGGGCUUUCCCCUUUUCCUACAUUCCAAUCUAGGGUUGCGAGACUAUCACAUCAAUCCCAGUGCCCCGCUCCUGUACGUAACUCAGGCUAAUGAAGUGGAGCAAGGCCCCCUGCCUGGUGAUGACUGGACAGUCUUCCAGUCAAAUCACACCACCUACGAACCUGUGUUGAUGGCCAGCACCAAAUCUUCAGAGUCAAUCCCGCAUCUGACCACCCACAGAGCUCUGCAUGCUACCGUGGUGCAGGACCUUGGUCUGCAUGAUGGCAUCCAGCGGGUCCUUUUUGGUAAUAACCUCAACUUCUGGCUUCACAAGCUGAUCUUUGUUGACGCUAUUGCUUACCUGACUGGCAAGCGUCUAUGUCUGACCCUUGAUCGCUACAUCCUUGUGGACAUCGAUGAUAUCUUUGUGGGCAAAGAGGGCACACGCAUGAAGGUGUCGGAUGUAGAGGCUCUACUGAACACUCAGAACAAGUUGAGGACUUUGGUUCCCAAUUUUACUUUCAACCUGGGAUUUUCUGGGAAAUUCUACCACACUGGUACUGAUGAGGAAGAUGAAGGGGACGACAUGCUGCUAAAGCAUAGGAAGGAGUUUUGGUGGUUCCCGCACAUGUGGAGUCACAUGCAGCCACAUCUCUUUCACAACGUCACUGUGCUAGCCGAGCAAAUGAAACUCAACAAGCAGUUUGCUUUGGAGCAUGGGAUCCCCACAGACCUGGGCUAUGCAGUAGCCCCCCACCACUCAGGAGUUUACCCUGUCCAUGCACAGCUCUACGAGGCAUGGAAAGCUGUCUGGGGCAUCCAGGUGACCAGCACAGAGGAAUAUCCGCACCUUCGGCCUGCCCGGUACCGGCGGGGCUUCAUCCACAAUGGAAUCAUGGUGUUGCCUCGACAGACUUGUGGUCUUUUCACUCACACCAUAUUUUACAAUGAGUAUCCUGGUGGCUCCAAGGAGCUGGACAAAAGCAUUCGUGGUGGUGAACUCUUUCUGACAGUGCUCCUGAACCCAAUCAGCAUCUUCAUGACCCACUUGUCCAAUUAUGGAAACGAUCGCCUUGGGCUCUACACUUUCGAAAGCCUCGUCAAAUUUGUGCAGUGCUGGACCAAUCUCCGUCUUCAGACUCUGCCGCCCAUCCAGCUGGCCAAAAAGUAUUUUGAAAUAUUUUCCCAGGAAAAGAACCCUCUGUGGCAGAACCCUUGUGAUGACAAGCGGCAUAAAGACAUCUGGUCCAAAGAGAAGACAUGUGACCGGCUUCCCAAGUUUCUCAUCGUCGGUCCUCAGAAAACUGGUACGACAGCUGUGCAUUUCUUCCUAUCCAUGCACCCAGCUGUUACCAGCAACUUUCCAAGCCCCUCCACCUAUGAAGAGAUCCAGUUCUUUAAUGGACUCAACUAUCACAAAGGAAUUGACUGGUACAUGGAGUUCUUUCCCAUCCCCUCCAAUGCCAGCACAGAUUUCAUGUUUGAGAAAAGUGCCAAUUACUUUGACACCGAAGUAGUACCCAGGCGGAGUGCCGCUCUCCUUCCCCGGGCCAAAAUAAUUGCCAUCCUGAUCAACCCAGCUGACAGAGCAUACUCCUGGUAUCAGCACCAGCGUGCUCACAACGACCCUGUGGCACUCAACUACACUUUCUACCAGAUCAUUUCUGCUGGGCCCCAAGCCCCUCAGGAGUUGCACAACCUGCAGAACCGCUGUCUGAAUCCUGGAUUGUAUUCCACUCAUCUGGAGAGGUGGUUGAUGUAUUAUCCUUCUGGACAGGUUCUGGUUGUGGAUGGGCAGGAACUCAGACAAAGCCCCGCAUCUGUCAUGGAGAACAUCCAAAGGUUUCUGGGGGUUACACCACUGUUCAACUAUACCCAAGCACUCAAGUUUGAUGAAGCAAAAGGAUUUUGGUGUCAAGUUCUGGAAGGAGGGAAGACCAAGUGCCUGGGGAAAAGUAAAGGAAGAAAAUAUCCAGACAUGGAUUCCUCAUCCCGCAUGUUCCUGGCAGACUUCUAUCGCGAGCACAACAUUGAACUAUCCAAGUUGAUGAACAAGUUUGGACAGCCCCUUCCUACAUGGCUCCGAGAGGAGCUGCAAAAUUCUAGCUGGAGCUGAAGUCCAAGGUGCUGGCGUCAGUGCUGCCCAACAUCUGGAUGUGGGAGCCACUGGGGAAAAACACACACUGCUGCCAUCUCUUCUCUAUGAAAGGAAACUGGAGGCAGGAGCAGGAAGUGUGCUAGCCUGAUUAUAGACCAUGCACUUUCACCUAUUAAUGGUUUGUUACAUUGGAGAGAUACCCAGAGAACGAAAUGGCACAAGCCACUGUGCGGUCAUGGCCCUCUAUCUAAAAAAUUUAGGGUGGCUGACACAGGAAUGCUUCUGUGCUAUAAUUCCCCUGUGCCAGAAAGCCCAGAGUAGACUCCACAGAAAAACAAAAGCAUGCAACUGUGUAGGCUACUGGGACAUUCCCUAUUUAUGUCCAAAACACUCAGGAUGCUAGCAAGUGAAUGUCUUAAUAUUGUACCCUUAUGUGGUUGUUAGGGUGAUGUUGCUAAUAAUGGACAGCAAGUUUCAUUUAUCUGACUGCAGCCUUAGUUAUUUCAUUAACCCUAUUCUAGUGGAAAGGGAAGGAGGGCAGGGAAGUGGUCAACAAGGCAGCAGAAACUUGCGUUAAGUUCUCAUGGGAGAGAGAUUACUAUUCCCCCCCUCGUGUCAGGUAAAAAAAGGGGGGGAUACGAUGGUGCCACAUUCAUUCAUAAACUAUAAAGAAACAGUGUUCACUUGUAACUAAUUAGAACAGUCUUAACUUUCAGCUGGGGUGGAAAGGGGAUUCAGCAAUCUCAAAUAGGCUAUUCGUUUUCAUCUUAACAAGGCUGAAUGAGAUGGACUACAAAUCUGUGUUGUCAGUUCAAAUCACUCAUUUUGCCUCAAAUUCUGCAGGUCGUGGGUCUCCAGCCAACUCUUUAAUCUCAGCAUUUCCUCAUUACAACCACUAUGUGAGUGGAGAGCUACAGCACUCCUGCCCAUCCCUCCUAACAUGCCUUAUGUAGAGUGGUCCAGCAGCUGCUCGCAACAAGUGCCAGGUUCACUGAGGGAUAUAUAUAGGAGCUGAUUGGGGCAGGAAGAGCCCUCGGGUAACUCAGCGUGCCCACUCCAAGAGGGGGAACGUGAUUUCAGCCAAGCUUAUACAUGGAGCCUUAGUUAUUGUGUAUUUUUAAUUGUCAGUUUACCAUUGUUUGUAAAUAUAUAAUAUGGAUUAUAUAAUAUUUCAUCCAAUGUGUCACCAUGCAGAGGGAAAUGUUGUGCUAUCAAAAAUGGAACCAACAAACCUAAAACCCUGUGGCUGAAGAGAGAAGCAAGUGCUGUGCUUCCUGCACUGGAUUCAUGUAUGUCAUUCACAUUGAAUGAUAAGGAUAAAUUCUUGGCUCUUGCAGCUGAGCACAAUGUCUAAAUAAAGGUUAGACGUAGCAUUUGGAGUCAAUAAAUGUACUUACUUUA